GUCAACGCAUCACCUUCUAUAGUUGUAGACCCAGAAUGUUAAGUCUUUGAUACAAAAUUAACAAAGACUUCAUCUUCUUCUUUAUCAUCUCCUCCUCUUCUUCAUCUUCCUCAACAAUCUUCAAUGGCUGUUCUCCUCCUAAAGUUCAUCUUCCUGACCUUUAACACCCUCUUCAACCUGAUUUCUCGCACAAUUCUUUUGGGUACUGCGCACCUUCUGGUGCUUCUUAUCCAAGCUCUCAAAAUACCUGGAGAAGCCUUGCACAUCGCCUUAGAGCAAGCUGCGGAGACGUUCAAGGGAUAUUUGAAUCACUUCCUGGAGAAAAUAGUAUAUGAAGUGUUGAUUUCUGUGAUAUCUACUGGAUUUGGUGUCGUGAAACAAGCUGUUUUCGAGUCCGGAGGCUUUACAAGGGAACUUGUGGCUGGACUUGUGGAGAAGAUGAGUACUUGGAUUGGGAAGAUGAUGGAGGAUCUUCCAGAGAUUUUAGAAGGAUUAAGGGAAUUGAUCUCAACUAUUGUGACCGACUUUUGGAAGAAUUAUGUGGAAGCUAUUGUAUAUGUUAAGGAAAAUGUUUAGUUGCUUAGGUUUUCUUGGUACGUGGUUCUUCUUUUGGAUACUAUUAACAGAUCUAUACAUAUUUCUUAGAUUAUUGCAA